AAUUUCAAUUUCAGUUUCAAUUUAAAUCGCAAACUAUUAGUAUAAAAAAAAAAACUGUUUAAUUAAUCUAAAUCGCAUGAUGCAAAAGUAAACAUUAUAAACCUCCCCCACUCCCUCGCCACACACACUGAGAGAGACACACAGAAAAUGUUUGAACCGAAAGUAAAGAGUUAAACGAUAAGAGUCCCUCGGCUUAAGUCUGCGUAUUCGAAUUCGAUUCUCUGUUGUCACCUGUUUACCAGAGUUCAUUUGCAAAUCUUUCGCGAUCGUGUCGACAGCGUAAAUUGGAAAAGUCAAACCGAAAAGAAACAAUCAAGAAGUUUUUGUUUAAGAAAAGUGCAAAAAAAAAAAACAUUGCUGAUAAGGAUAUAUCCAUCAUACUAUACCGCCUAUACAUAUAUGAUUUGUGCAAAAUGUUGAAAUUUAUUUGCCCUAUAUUAGUUUUAAUUGUGGCCAUCCAUGGCGAUCCAGUGAGUAAAACCCGUACCUUUCCCCAAGACUUCUUAUGGGGUGUCGGCUCAUCGGCAUAUCAAAUCGAAGGCGGUUGGAAUGCCGAUAAUAAGGGUGAAUCCAUAUGGGAUCGUAUGGUUCAUACAUAUCCCGACAAGAUAGUCGAUCAAUCGAAUGGUGAUAUUACAUCAGAUAGUUAUCAUCAGUGGCGACGCGAUGUCCAGAUGGUUAAGGAUCUGCAUGUGUCCACCUAUCGUUUCUCAUUGUCGUGGACUAGAAUCAUGCCCGGCGGCUAUAUGAAUCAUGUUAGCACCGCUGGCAUUAAGUACUAUAGCAAUCUGAUUGAUGAGCUACUUAGAUAUAAUAUCACACCGAUGGUCACCAUUUAUCAUUGGGAUCUGCCGCAGCGUCUGCAAGAGCUGGGCGGCUGGACCAAUCCAGAGAUUAUACCCAUAUUCAAGGACUAUGCUCGUCUAGUGCUGGAGAUGUUCGGUGAUCGUGUCAAGACCUGGACCACACUCAAUGAGCCAUGGCAUGUGUGUGAAUAUGGCUAUGGGGUAGACUAUAUGGCACCUUCAUACGAUUUUCCCGGCAUACCCGCCUAUCUCUGUACCCACAAUAUGCUCAAGGCCCACGCCGAGGUGGUGCACAUGUAUCGUGAGCAAUUCCAGAAACGUCAACGUGGACGCAUGGGCAUCACCAUCGACUCGUCGUGGAUGCAACCGAAAGACGCCAAUUCACCGGAAGAUCGUGAGGCCUCGGAACGAGCCCUGCAGUUCUAUGUCGGUUGGUUCGCCCAUCCCAUUUUCUCCAAGGAGGGCAAUUAUCCCAAAGUUAUGAUCGAUCGCAUUCGGAAUUUGAGUAGGGAACAAGGAUUUGGCUCUCGAUCACGUCUGCCAGAGUUCACCGAGGAGGAAGUUCGUCGCAUCCGCGGCACAGCGGAUUUCUUUGGCCUAAACUCGUACACCACUUACUUGGUCCAUCCAAAUGAUCAUAAUAAUUCGGUGAAUUUCCGUGUGCCUUCAUUCGAUCACGAUAUGGGAGUGGUGCAGACCAGAGAUCCCAAUUGGCAGGGUUCUGGUUCGACUUGGCUGAAGGUUGUUCCUAAAGGUCUUUACAAUCUGAUCAGGUGGAUUCAUCGCGAAUACGAUGGCCCUGAGAUUAUUAUCACCGAAAAUGGAGUAAGUGAUCGCGGUGGUCUGGAGGAUUAUGCUCGCGUUGACUAUCUCAAUUCGUAUUUGUCCGCCGUAUUGGAUGCCAUUGAGGAUGGCGUUAAUGUCAGUGGCUAUAUUGUCUGGAGUUUGAUGGACAGUUUCGAAUGGAAGGCCGGAUUCACCGAAAAGUUCGGUCUCUACCAUGUGGACUUCAAUUCGCCAAAACGGACACGUACACCAAAGAUAUCGGCCAAAGUGUAUGGGCAUAUUUGCAAAUCCAACAGUAUCGAUUGGAGCUAUAGACCUGUUCUGGAUGAGCAGCAACUGGUGGCCAUGGCCCAGUUGCCGGCUGACGAUGACUCAUUGGCCAAGGCCUCGGGGGCAGCAUCCACGGCCACAAUUUGGAGUUGGAGUCUGGUCUUGCUGAUGGUGACGUUGGUGGGGCUAAACACUUGGCAUUGCUAGAGCGGAUGAAGUUAAAGUUGAGAAGGGAAAACGAUUGUCAGUUGACUGUUUUCUCUCAUGUUGUUGCAAAGUAUUUUUUUCCAUUUAAGUUUUGUCUAACAACCAAUUAUGUAUGUAUGUAUCUUCUUCUUUUUUUUUUAUCUCCCCCCUGUAUAUAUGUAUGUAAUUUUAUGUGUAAGCAAGAGACUCAAACUGAAUAAAGAAAUUUUUGUGAUAUUUGCAAAAGUUUUUGCAAUAUCUAGGUAUCAAUUUUCAAAGAG